AUGAAGCGUCCUUUAGAUCCUAUCGCCAAUAACUACGACCCUUCCAAGACCAAAAGAGCCCGAAUUACUGUCGAGAUUCUAGCCAGACCCAUUCCUUCUACGAAUCCUCCUAGAUCCAUCACAGUGAAUACAGUAAAUACGGUGAAGCCACAACCCCAACUUCAAACCGAAACUCAUACCGAAAUUCAUACGAACGAGCCUCCGGUCGCAUCAACGCAAAUUCUCCCUGCUCAACAGGAAACUACCAAGACGGCGACAGCAAUAGAAUCUGGUUUAAAAAGGCAUAAGGAAAAAGCUAUCAAUGGAAUUAAACAUGAACUCGAUAGAUUACAACCAAGUGCAACCGAUACCAAUUCGGCAACAGAACGGCCCGGUCGCAAGUUGCGGUCACAGGAGGCGACUCGCUUCAAGAGCGAGUUGUCAGCAUAUUUCCCCGAUUAUGAUGAAGUAAUCGGCAAUGAUCCUAAAGAACAACACGUUCUUAACCUCGAUACUCCAAUUGUCCUCGUCGAUACCAAUCCCCUCUCCAGUAUUCAUCAAUCACAACCCCCUGUACCCCCUCCAGAUCAGGUAGCGACAGACGCCAGCGAACGACCCCACACUAUAUAUAAUACAGUGCGAACUUACGGUGACAAUCUGUUCGCUAAUCUGUACGACUCUCAACGCAUUGACUUCGCCUUUCUUGAAGCACGAUAUAAUGGCAAAGAUGUUGAAGAUCCCCUACCAGAUGCUUAUUUUGGACCGGCGCAUAAAAAAGCCGAGAGGUUAGAAAAGUCAAUCCGAAAUACAGAAAAAGGUCGCGCACAACAUGAGAAGGACCAGAUCAUUCGACUGCUCAAUGAGCUCCAAGGCCAUGACUGGCUAAGAACAAUGGGUGUCAGUGGUGUCACUGAAAGCCGUAAGAAGACAUUCGAGCCUGCCCGAGAUCACUUUAUUAAGGGUUGUCAAGCGAUCUUGGAGAAGUUCCGUGUGUGGAGUCAAGAAGAGAAAAAGAGAAAGCUUAUGAAGGAACGCGCGUUAGCGGAAGAGGCAGAAGAAAACGAAGAAAAAGAAACCGAGGUAGGGGAUAACGAUGACGAGCGACCAAGUCAGGAGGGUGCUUCAGGUGAGGAUGAAGAAAUGGGCGACGUUGAAACAGACGACGAUAUCCGGGAAGAUGUUAGCGACGGUGAUCCCCCGGACUACAGCGAUGCUGACGCAUCUGCAAGGCAACUUCUUGACGAGGCAUUAGCACGGGCCAAGUAUACUGCAUCGAGUUCUAAGAGAUCUCGGGGUGAACCACCACCAAAGUCACCAGAACCGUAUGUGGCAAAGGAGUUUACAUCGUUCUUUGUCAAGAAACAUCAGCGUGAAGCAGCUCUCAAUAAGAGCCGGCGAAGAGGAAGGACUAUUGUAGCUUGGGGCCAUCCUAUCCCAGAUAUGGUUGAAGGCGACUUUGAAUUACCCGAAGAAUACCGUGAUAUUGAGACUUUGAAAGCCCACGAGAGGCAAAAAAGGCGAGAAAGGCGUCAGCGUCAGCAUUAA